UUUUAAACCUCAGCCGGAGAGUGAGCGCUGACCGAGUGAGUCGAGGGAGGAAAAGUUCCAACUAGAAGCAGCAACAGAUAAACUGAGGAAGCUGCAGAGAGAGAGAGCGAGAGGGGAGUGAUGGAAAAGUAUGUGCGGAGGAGGUAGACACCGGGGGGGAGGAGGUUUCAUUCCCACAGAUCCUCUGGGUUUCUCAGGAUUUCCCUCUCUGGACGCUGCUGCUCUAAGUGCCUUCUCUCCAGGGCCAUACUCUUCCAUAUCUGGACCUGGAAUUGGACAGACGGUGAAGUGGACGGGACGGCGACGCCGGACCUAAAGUUAACUAUUGACGGUUAAAUUAAGUCUGGGCUGAAAGGUGUUUGUUGGACUACAGGAUUACUGAUGUAAAGUGGUUAUUUGGCUGCAUAAGUAAAUGCAUUAUCAUUUUUUAUUAUUAUUUGAGCAGGGCAGCCUUUUCACUUUUUUCAGAUUUUUGUAUCUGGACUUUUUUCUUUUAAAACAUUAUCUCAUCUAAAUAUUGUGAGCAGAAGCUGCUCAGAUUGUCCUCAUCUUGCAGAUAAAGAGUUUGUUUGUUGUCGUCGGUGCAUAUAAUGGGGUGAUUUAUUGAUAAUUGCUAAUGCUGAGAAGAUGAGAAGACCCCAGACUUUCUCCCACGUAAUGGGAUCAAAAUCAUGUAAAUGCACCAAAUUCUUUGCCCAAAAGACACUUUCAUCUAAAAAAGAUGUGAUUCAUGAGCGUAAACUAUGACGUGAGGACUAAGAAUAGCUGUUUGGAUUAAGAGGGUGAGCAGUAACUUGUCGUGUCGUUUGCCAGUCCGAGCCCCCGGAGAGAGUGAGUGUGCACCGUGGAGGAAAAAGCCUGGAAAGUGACUCUAAACGUCUCCUUUAAUGCACCGUAAUAAAUGGCUCAUGACACAACCCCCAUUUUCCCUCCUCAUGGGUGCAGAGAGGGAGGUUUUCCAUAUAUGUCGGCUCCCACAUAUUUUCCAUUUCGGCAUCAGUGUUGACAUUAGAGCGGCCUCCGUCCAGCCCGCUGGCCCUGGUUCUCAUGCUGUCUCCCGGGCCUGGAAACAAAUCUCAUGCAGUCUACGCCACCAACCAGCCUUGAUUCCUGUCACUUCUUGGCUCGGCUCCGUUGAAAGCACUUGUUGUUGACUCCCCCCCCCUCCGGCCCAGCGCUACUACCAAGGCUUCGUUUCGUCUGUCUCCUCCUCGGGGCCAGGCCUUCCUGUGCAGGCUUGGCCCUGAGUGGGCCCCCGUCCUGAAGUCAUGGGGAUCCAGGGCAUGGAGCUGUUCGCCAUCGGCGUGGUCAUCAUCCUCUUCAUGGCGGUUCUCAAGCAGUUUGGCAUCUUGGAGCCCAUGUCCUCAUUUGAAGAUGACAGCAGCGACAGCGACCUGGAGCUGUCGACGGUGCGUCACCAGCCGGAGGGUCUGGACCAGCUGCAGGCUCAGACCAAGUUCACCAGGAAGGAGCUCCAGUCCCUCUAUCGAGGCUUCAAGAACGAGUGUCCCAGUGGGAUGGUUGAUGAGGAGACAUUCAAGACCAUCUAUUCUCAGUUCUUUCCCCAAGGAGACGCCACCACCUACGCUCACUUCCUCUUCAACGCGUUUGACAUCGACAGAAACGGUUCGAUCCGCUUCGAGGACUUCGUCAUCGGCCUGUCAGUGCUGCUCAGAGGUUCGGUCACCGAGAAGCUCAACUGGGCCUUCAACCUCUACGACAUCAAUAAGGACGGCUACAUCACCAAAGAGGAGAUGUUGGCGAUUAUGAAGUCCAUCUACGACAUGAUGGGGAGGUACACCUACCCCUGUGUGCGAGAUGAAGCGCCCUCUGAACACGUGGACAAGUUCUUCCAGAAAAUGGAUAAAAAUCGAGAUGGUGUGGUGACCAUUGAAGAGUUCAUUGAGACCUGCCAGAAGGACGAGAACAUCAUGAACUCCAUGCAGCUGUUUGAGAACGUGAUAUAAAGAAGCCCACCUGCACAACUCACACACAGACACCACAGCACCCACCCACCUCAAACUCAAACUCAUCUUGGCACAUAAUGUACAAUAAGUACUGUAAACACACAGGAACUAGAGGUUUUUUUUCUCUAUUACUCUCUGUGCUCCUUUAGCUGUAUCUUGCUUCUGGAUUGAAAAGGACUGCUACUGACAGAAGAAGAAUAGAAGAGCUUCCUGGGUAACAAAAAAAGAAAUCACCCGUCUGUCCGGUAUGUUUGGCUUCUCGUGUUUUUACCGUCAGACAAAAAGAAUCAACAAGGAAAGGAGAAGCUUACAAUAAUCCUCUGAGCACACAUGGAUACUAGCUUUAACACUAAUACACCUCGUCUCUCACACACACACACACACACCUGCUGUUUCACCAAGAGUUUUUAAAGCACCGGAUGAAGUGAACUAAGAGAAUAAAAAUCUCAACCAAAAAAAAAAGAGAAAUGAACUAAAGCAUGUUUGUCAUCAGAUAUGUGAUGUGGAAUUAGCUUGCACUACAGUUUUAUGACUAUGUAUUAUAUGCGCCUGAAGUAAAAGGCACUGUAGAUACCUACACCUGAUACACCACUGGUGUGUAUGUAUAUAUGUAUAGUUAAUAGUUAUAUAUAUAUCUCCUACCUUGUAUUGGUCUCAUCUGUGCUGCACUGGGUGACGGAAAAGGACCAGAGCUGAAUAUUUGUUUUAGAAAUCUCUGUUUAACAUCAUGUUUAGUAGCAGUUCUUCACAGAUUAUUCAAAUAUUUCUCUCUUCUUUUUUUUGUAUUUUGGAGGAUUAUGUUUAGCUGGUCAGAUUGGACAGUAGCGUGAAGGAACAAAAGGACUGUUAAAAGUGUGUUCUUCUGCUGAAUUGAGGCUGUUUCUUGGUUCUUCAGGUUCUCUGAGCAUGCUGACUCUAAAUGCCACAGUAUUCUGUACAGUACAGUAGGACCUUUGUGAUGUGGGUUCAUUAAAGAUGCUGUCGACAGCU